GAGAGAGAGAGAGAGAGAGAGAGAGAAGGGUAUGGGGAUUGGGGAAAGUGGAGGAAGCUGGAAAUAGAAGAGAAGGUGGCGAGCAGUAAAUGAGGAAUCGAGGAGGGCACAGCACAGCCGUCUCCAUGGCGGCGUUGCAGCACCGGCUGCGAUCCGUCCCCUUAAACUAUUGUUUCAUUUCGUAAUUCAAGAAACGGAAGACUCGAAGAAGAGAAGCGAGAGAGAGAGAGAGAGAGAGAGAGAAGAAGAAGAAGAAGAAGAAGACGGCAUCAUCGACUGCUCCCCUUCCUGCUUCGGCUGCUACGUCUUUGCGCCUGCAGUGACCAAAAAGCAGCGGCCUAAGAAGAAGAAAGAGUGCAGCAGCGCUGCCAGUAACCAUUCUUGCGCCUUUUUUCCUCCCUCCUAUAAUCGCUGUCACGCUUCCCCCAAGAUUGCAAGCAAGAGGAGAUGAGAUGUCAUGGAUCGGGUGUAACUAAUCGAGUGGAGGAGUAGAUAUGGCGGAAUUCCUUCUCGGAGGUGGCGGUGGCAGCCAGCAACAUCGCGGAGAUCAGCAAGGGGUGAUCCCUCCUUCGGAGAGCUUCUUCCUUUACGGCGGUCGCGGAAGCAGGAGCGAGGACGUCGCUUACACCCGAGGCUUCGAGCUGUGGCAGCAGCACCAGAUCCAGCGGGGGGACCAGUUGUAUUCCUCCGCCGGCCUCCCUGAUGAUCUGCCGUCGCUUGCGGGGAGGCCGAUGCGAGGAAGCCCGGGCGGUGGCAGCGGCGGGGUGAGUUGCCAGGACUGCGGCAACCAGGCCAAGAAGGAUUGCGCACACCUGAGGUGCCGGACCUGCUGCAAGAGCCGCGGCUUCCAGUGCCCCACCCACGUCAAGAGCACCUGGGUCCCCGCCGCCAAGCGCCGCGAGCGCCAGCAGCAACUCGGCGGCUUGGUGCAGCACGACCACAGCCAUCGCGGGGAGGGCCGAGCUGCGGGCGAGGUAAGUGGCGGCAGCGGUGGCGGUGGCGAUGCUUCCAAGAGGCCGAGGGAGAUCAUGGCCUUCGCCGGACUACCAACUGCCAUGGCAACCACCACCACGUAUGGAGGAAGUCUCGACUCCGACAGCUUACCCCCGGAAGUGAGCGCGGAGGCCGUGUUCCGGUGCGUGCGCGUGAGCCCCGUGGACGAAGCGGACGACGAGUACGCGUACCAAACCGCCGUGAGCAUCGGCGGGCAUGUGUUCAGGGGCAUACUGUAUGAUCACGGCGCCGACACCGAGUACCCAUCCCCGUCGUCAUCUCGUUAUCAGCUCAACCAUGGCGAAGGCUCUUCCUCUCCUGCGGCCGUCGCUGCUGCUGUUAUUACUGCCGGGCACCCGGUCAUUACUACCACGGCUGGAGCCACUGAACUGCUCGACCCAUACGCGACCCCGCUGAGCGCCUUCAUGGCGGGCACUCAAUUCUUCCCCCACCAACACAGGCCGUAGCGGAACCCUACAAAAAAGAUGAGACCUCUGCAUGAUCUUUAAUGAUUUCCUUGUUACUUAAUGUGCCUCGUCUGGGAUUAAGUGUCUUGUACCAUGCGCAAUCCUCCUCAUCUAUUGGCAAUUGCGUAAACUUUCGAAUAACUUCAAGUUCAAUCGAUUUAAUAAAGCCAAAUCCGUAUGGACACUCUUUCAA